UUCCCAAGACAGGCUCCUCCCCACUGGGUCGGGAUUCUCAGUUCUACCCCAUCCUCCCAGAGCGGGGCUACCCCUGGGGCUGGGAGUCUGAGGGAGAAGAGAAAAGGGGACUGUGUCCCAGAGGGGCUGGGUUUUCACGGAGUGUGUCUGCUCUGAGACAGAUGUGUUCUGCGCUUGGGGGAGCUCGCGCUGGACUCCUGUUUAUUAGGAUUUUUUUCUCCUAUGCUGGCUGGACCAGCUAGCGCGGACUUUGACUCCUUUGCCCCAGAUCCCUUGCAAGGGGCAAGACCCCCCGCAGGGGUCAGUGGAGUGCCAGGGACUGGCCCUUCCCCAUCUUGUUGGCUCACCUCCAACCCCUCAGGCCCAGCUACCAUCAGUCGCGUCACUCCGGGGUCUGAGGAGGGACGGGAAGGGAUAAGAGGCGGGGAUGGCGGUCCCCCUCCCCGAGGUUGCCUAGACAACAUCAGAAAUCGUGGCCAGGGCCUCUUCCGCCUGCGGGGCUUCUGCUUCCUGCAUCAGUCACUCCCGCUGGGGGCGGGGCAGAGGAAGGGGUUGGAUGUGGCAGAGCCAGGCCCAGCUGGUGCGGCUCAGACUCCCCCCGCCAUCGCCGCGGCGCGAGCCAUGGCAUCCAACCCAUCUGGCCCCGGCAGUCCCAAGGCCAAAUAUCCCUUUAAGAAGCUGGCCAGCCUGCAGGCCUCCUCUGCAGUACCAGAGGCUCGGGGUGGGCUGGGGGCCCCUCCGCUGCAGUCUGCCCGAUCCCUGCCAGGCCCUGCCCCCUGCCUCAAGCACUUCCCACUCGACCUACGCACGUCUAUGGAUGGCAAAUGCAAGGAGAUCGCCGAGGAGCUGUUCAGCCGCUCCCUGGCUGAGAGCGAGCUCCGUAGUGCCCCAUACGAGUUCCCUGAGGAGAGUCCUAUUGAGCAGCUGGAGGAGCGGAGGCAGCGCCUGGAGAGGCAGAUCAGCCAGGAUGUCAAGCUGGAGCCAGACAUCCUGCUUCGGGCCAAGCAAGAUUUCCUGAAGACAGACAGUGACGCAGACUUCCAGCUCUACAAGGAGCAGAGCGAGGGGCAAGGUGACCGGGGCCUGCGGGACCGAGAUGUGGUGCUAGAGCGGGAAUUUCAGCGGGUCACCAUCUCCGGCGAGGAGAAGUGUGGGGUGCCAUUCACAGACCUGCUGGAUGCAGCCAAGAGUGUGGUGCGGGCACUCUUUAUCCGGGAGAAGUACAUGGCCCUGUCCCUGCAGAGUUUCUGUCCCACCACCCGCCGGUACCUGCAGCAGCUGGCUGAGAAGCCCCUGGAGACACGGACCUAUGAGCAGGGCCCCGACACGCCUGUGUCUGCUGAUGCCCCGGUGCACCCCCCUGCGCUGGAACAGCACCCGUAUGAGCACUGUGAGCCGAGCACCAUGCCUGGGGACCUGGGCUUGGGUCUGCGCAUGGUACAGGGCGUGGUGCACGUCUACACCCACAAGGAAACUGAUGAUCAUUGCUCAGAGAUGGAGCUGCCGUACCCUGACCUGCAAGAAUUUGUGGCAGAUGUCAAUGUGCUGAUGGCCCUGAUUAUCAAUGGCCCCAUAAAGUCCUUCUGCUAUCGUCGGCUACAGUACCUGAGCUCCAAGUUCCAGAUGCACGUGCUGCUCAACGAGAUGAAGGAGCUGGCUGCGCAGAAGAAGGUGCCACACCGAGACUUCUACAAUAUCCGCAAGGUGGACACGCACAUCCAUGCCUCGUCCUGCAUGAACCAGAAGCACCUGCUGCGCUUCAUCAAACGGGCGAUGAAGCGGCACCUGGAGGAGAUCGUGCACGUGGAGCAGGGCCGCGAGCAGACGCUGCGGGAGGUCUUUCAGAGCAUGAAUCUCACUGCCUAUGACCUGAGCGUGGACACGCUGGACAUGCAUGCGGACAGAAACACCUUCCAUCGCUUUGACAAGUUCAAUGCCAAAUACAAUCCCAUUGGGGAGUCUGUCCUCCGAGAGAUCUUCAUCAAAACGGACAACAGGGUCUCUGGAAAGUACUUUGCCCACAUUAUCAAGGAGGUGAUGUCAGACCUGGAGGAGAGCAAAUACCAGAACGCGGAGCUGCGACUCUCCAUCUACGGGCGCUCAAGGGAUGAGUGGGACAAGCUGGCCUGCUGGGCCGUGAGGCACAAAGUGCACUCCCCUAACGUGCGCUGGCUGGUGCAAGUGCCCCGCCUCUUUGACGUGUACCGCACCAAGGGCCAGCUGGCCAACUUCCAGGAGAUGCUGGAGAACAUCUUCCUGCCACUGUUUGAGGCCACCGUGCACCCUGCCAGCCACCCCGAGCUGCACCUCUUCUUGGAGCACGUGGACGGCUUUGACAGUGUGGAUGAUGAGUCUAAGCCCGAAAAUCACGUCUUCAACCUGGAGAGCCCUCUCCCCGAGGCCUGGGUGGAGGAGGACAACCCACCCUAUGCCUACUACCUGUACUACACCUUUGCCAACAUGGCCAUGCUGAACCACCUGCGCAGGCAGAGGGGCUUCCACACGUUUGUGCUGAGGCCGCACUGUGGGGAAGCCGGGCCCAUCCACCACCUGGUGUCGGCCUUCAUGCUGGCGGAGAACAUCUCUCACGGGCUGCUCCUGCGCAAGGCCCCAGUCCUGCAGUACCUGUAUUACCUGGCCCAGAUCGGCAUCGCCAUGUCCCCGCUCAGCAAUAACAGCCUCUUCCUCAGCUACCACCGGAACCCACUACCUGAGUACCUGUCCCGUGGCCUCAUGGUCUCGCUGUCCACUGAUGAUCCCCUGCAGUUCCACUUCACCAAGGAGCCACUGAUGGAGGAGUAUAGCAUCGCCACCCAGGUGUGGAAGCUCAGCUCCUGCGACAUGUGUGAGCUGGCCCGCAACAGUGUGCUCAUGAGCGGCUUCUCCCACAAGGUGAAGAGCCACUGGCUGGGACCCAACUAUACGAAGGAGGGCCCCGAGGGCAACGACAUCCGCCGUACUAACGUGCCGGACAUCCGUGUGGGCUACCGCUACGAGACCUUGUGCCAGGAGCUGGCGCUCAUCACGCAAGCUGUCCAGAGUGAGACCCUGGAGACCAUCCCGGAGGAGGCUGGUGUCACCACAAGCCCGGGGCCUCAGUGAGCCCGGCCCACACAGGGGCCCCUGCGUCUCAGCACCUCGGCCACAUUUCAUCCUCAGACCCCUCCCACCCUGUUGCGUCUGCAUGUGUCCGGUCUUUGUUGUUCUGUCCUGCAUGUCUCCAGCCUGGCUCUGUCCCCGUGCCACCUCUGUGGCAGUAGUGCCCAGAAUCGGCUUUGCCCUCGUCCGGGCCUGAAGGCCCAGCUCUGCGGGCCGCCCUGCCCAUGUCCCUGUCCCAGGAACCUCUGCAGCCUGGCUGUCCUGUGGGCCUCUAAGUGUCCGCAGGGGCUAGCGACAGCUGAGGGGGGCUGGCCCCUCUAGCCCUGGGGGUCCUGCCUGGGCAGAUUUUGUCUCGUGUAUGUGGCUGGGGAGCAGUCCGGUGGGGCCGGGGCGUACCUGCUGGGGGUCUAUGGGGCUCCAGCAGCGCCGCAGUGGGCAGGGUUGGGCCGAGAGCUCAGUCACAGCCCUGGCUGCCUGGACUCGGGCCUCACGUGCUGGAGCACCGCCUCCAGCAAGUCACUGCCUAGCAGCCUUCUUCGUCCUUCCCCCGGCCUACAUGCCCCUGGGCGUCAGCUUCCUGUGCCUCUGUGGGGGGGGGGGGCAGCCGCCCUGUGUUGUAUCUGGGGCCACUGCAGCUGGAGGGUCCUGAAUCUGUCACCAGCCCUGGGGGUGGUAUCCCCACUGUGGUCCCCAGAGCUUUGGCCAGACCUGAAUCCACUUGGUCCCCUGUGUUGUGUUCUGGACUGGAGUCUUUGCUGUGAAAUGCAGUGUUUCACACAAUCCCAUCUUUCCUAGUGCAUGAGAAAUAAAGAUUAUUUAAGUAAUGAG